AUGUAUCGUAACCAAUUGGAAAAUCAGAAAAUGGCCGAAAACCACAGCAACCUCAAAGAUACAAACAACCGUAUCCGGUACCGUCUGCUGUCUGCAGGUGGUCUGGAAGCCCAUUUCAAUGUGAAUGCUGAGAGUGGAUUGAUCACUUUGGCAAGGCCUCUUGAUGCAUUCGCUGGGGAGAAGAUUACGCUGCGAAUCGAGGGAGCCGACAGUGGAAUGCCACCACUCUCCUCCACAACUACCAUACUUGCAACCGGGCCUUGUCCGGGCCGUGAGCGGGCCUUUGAAUAA